CGGUACAAUCGAUAUGGUUGUCAACUGUGUAUAGGUAUUCGCGUACACAUUGCGACUGUUACAACUCGUACAAAACCGUCACACGCAGCUCUCAGCAUGGACCAGUUUUAUUUCGUAAAGGAAACACGACAGUCCAUUAAACAUGCUGCGAUUAUCUUGCAACGCUCCCAAUAUGGUUUCGUGUACGUAACGUUCGUAGAAAAUGUUCGGGUAGCGCGGAUUUUGCUCAAUUUCAAGACCUCCACGGAUCUCUUGGCCUUCGUGAAACUAUUUGUUAUUGACCUAUCAAUGAAAUAAUGGCUUUUUUUUUCUCUUUUACGCCCACCUUUUUUUGCUGCCGGCGCUCUGACACUACGUGGGGCGAUCAAUUACUUAUGAAUAUCAUGCAGGUUUUAUUUUAUGAUUAUUUUUUUUCCUUGUGUCUGACCGUUUCAGGUCGAAUCGUUCAACGUUUUCAAACAGAUUAUUUGAUUAUUUUAGGUACUAAUAAUCUACCGUUGAAAUAUAAUCGUUGUAAUAAUUUACGUCUAUUUCUGGGAGCGCGCUCUAAGUCACUCCACACCAUUGAAUGGUUCCGGAAGUUGAGCUAUAAUUUUAAACCGUGACGAUCUAGAUUCACGCGCAAGGCUACUUAUGAUUGUAUACAGAGAGAAAAAGCAUUUAUAAAGAUUCAAUUCGUGAAAAGUAUCACGAUUAUUUUAAGGGUUCCAAACGUUUACACAAAUAAUUUCAUUUUGGAUGUAAUUUGCUUUAGUUCGUGUACAUGCCAUUUAUAACAUUUGGUAGUUACGGUUUCGAAAAGAUUCAGAUUUUUGCUUGGCGAUCAUAGUUUCAAGUAGUCGUCAUUACCAGGAUAGUUAAUCGGUCUAGCAGAAGAGAUUAUCUGAUGGAAACCAGGAGAAUUUCAAUCAAUCAGUCAUCAUUAAUUACACUAUUUGCUAUUUUGCAUUUGUGUCUAUCAGAGCCUAUCCUUAUCACUGUAUGUCGAAAUUGUCAUCUAAACGGUUUUCAUUCAGAACAAUUUGAUUGAAUAGGCGUAUUAAUUUUUCGAAAUCUGGCUCAUUAUCAUUUUACUAAUCAUAAUCAAUUCUAUCUCAGAUUCAAUUCAUCCAUCCUAUUUGAGUUUGUGAUUCAAUUCAAUUUUAUUUCAUCACAUUAAUUAAAUCAUUGCCUUGCUGUCCAAAAGUUUACUGAUUAAGUAACUGUAGUUGCAAACACAUUUGCCAGUUACUCAAUGGUUGACUGAAGUUCAAAAUCUGGUUUACGGUAUAAAGUUGGUUCAAAUUUUCCCUCGUCAAUUGCGAGCUACUAGUCGUUAUAUCGAAACACAAUCUCGAAGUCUCGCAUAUGUUCUGUUUGGUUUCAUUCGGCAUCAGCUGAUCAGUCAUGCUUGAUGCUUAAGUGAUGUUUUGAUUGUGCUGUUUUUGAAAUUCUAACAGUGUUAGCAAUGUUUUGCAAGUAGUAAUUGUGCUGUUUGUGCGGAAAAUAUUAAUUUAUAGUAACAGUUGAUAACGCUGGCGUGAAAUGUGCCUUUCAAUUGCAUUACGAGUUUUGAGUUGAAAAGUGGUAAGAGGUUAUAACACUGUAGAAAAUGCAGGCUGUCUUUAAUUUUGGGAAAGGAAAAUGCAUUAGGGUCAUGCAUUCUACUCUACCGUUGACAAUUCGCUCAAAAAUGACGAAAGCAGAAGUAAUUCAUCAGCUUCACAAAGAUAAUAAGGCGUUAUUCGGUGGACUCCUCGAAAAAAGAAAAGAAAGAUUAGCGAGAGAAAAACGUGAGAAAAAAGCAAAGUUCAAAAGUCUCUUAACCAUAGAUGCAACUCACAAGAAAACUGAAAUCACUCCCAAGCCACAAACCGACUCGGAAUUUUAUUGGAUGUGUCAACAGAAUUCAAAAAUCAGACGAAUAGUAACUGCAAAAAAAAUUUCGCCCGAAAAUCAAAUUUUGGACAAAGUGGAAAAGACAAUAAAUGAGUCAGUCGAAAACCCUGUUGAUAUUUCCAAUGUUCCAAGUCCAAGGAAAGAAAUUGAAAAUGUUGAACUUCAAAAUAGUUCCAAUGACAAAAAACAGGUAAGGAAGUUAGACCUACCCUCGGACAUACUGAUCAACAAGAUGACUUCGUUCUCAUAUUUGGAUGGCACUAAAGCUGUGCAAAAUAUUCUAGAUGUGAGUGAGCCAAUUUCAAUAUCUCCGUAUAGCGAUAAAAGCAAAUUGGCAAUACCUAGCGUUACUAGAAUAUUGAACCAGACAAUGUCAGAUGCUUCUAAAUUGAAUUUAGAACUAUGGAAGAAAAGGAUGAUCCUUGAACUAGGAGAAGAAGGAUUUCAGAAAUACAGCAAAGAAUUACUUCUCUAUGGAAAGCAGUUUCAUUCGAGUAUUCAGAAUCACCUGACGCAACAGCCCUUUGAGGUUCCAACAAUGGUUGAAAAGUCUUGGCAAAGUGUUCAGCAUGUUUUGAAAGACAUUAGUGGAGUUCAAGCAAUUGAAAGCCAUGUUAUACACCCAAAAUUACAUUAUAGAGGAGUUGUCGACUGUGUAGCAACAUACAGAGGAACUUUGUGCGUUGUUGACUGGAAAAAAUCAGAUAAAUUAAAAUCCUCCAUAGAAAAUACUUUCGAUGCUCCUAUACAGGUGGCAUCCUAUAUCGGAGCGCUAAACUCCGACAGCAAUUACAACUUCCAGAUUCAGCAUGGUUUGGUAGUGGUUGGUUACACCAAUGGGGACCCAGCGUCGGUCCAUGAGAUAAGUCCAGCUUCAUUGAAUAAAUACUGGAAACUAUGGCUACAAAGGUUGCAGCAAUACUAUGUUGAAUUGCGGAAAGGUAAUGAAAAUCAAAUCACUGAAAAAGUGCAGUGAAAUCUAUAAUUCCAUCACAAAUGACGACCAAGUGCUGAUCGAGUCCAAGUCAGAACUCAAGAUAGGAAAUGCUGUUGUAAGUAACCUUUAUUGGCAAUCUCUAGUUAGAUAAAAAAUAGGAAUAUUUUCUUAAACGAUAUAUCCAUGAUCACGGCAUACAUAUUUUGGGAAUUCAACUCUAAGAAUAUUUAUCAAUGUACGGCUAUGUUGAAUGCACUGGUUACUGUAAAAAAUUCUCGUAUAAUAUGAAUUCAUACGAAGUAACAAAUGUCUGUAAUUAGGAUCCACAUUGCCUCAAUUUUGGGCAGCUGCGGAUAAACAUGUAACAUAAUAAAACGUUUGGAGUGUUUCGAAAA